AUGCAGGCGGAAGCGGCGUCCGGGAUCGAGGGGCGGUGGUGGAGCACGGAGGGGAGGACCCAGCAGCUGAUUGAUUUGGCGCGGGAGUCUUCGCCGCUCUACGUCUACGAUGGACCCUCCGUUGCGCAGGCCCUUUCUCAACUCCGCAGCCUUUCCUCCAUCGAUUCCUUCUUCUACGCCAUCAAGGCCAACCCUCACCCUGACGUGUUGCGAGCUGUGUACGAGGCCGGGUUCGGGUUCGAAUGCGUGAGCCCCGGCGAAGUGAAGCACGUGCUGGCGCUGUUCCCCGGCCUGAAGCUGAUCGACUCGGCGGCGCCCGCCACCACUACAUCGCCUUUCCGUGGCGGCCGUCUUCUCUUCACGCCGAACUUCGCUCCACGCAAGGAGUACGAGUACGCCCUGAGCGUGGGUGCCAUCGUUACGCUGGAUUCGCUCUAUCCUCUCCAGCAGUGGGGCUCCACGUUCGCGGGCAAACACAUCAUGCUGCGCCUCGACCCCUCCGUGCGUAAGGGACACCACGAGCAUGUGAAAACGGCGGGCAAGGAGAGCAAGUUCGGCAUCGCCUCCGAAGAGCUGCCCAUCGCGGCCGAGCUCGCCGCCAAGCACGGUGUGCACGUGGCCGCGCUCCACGCCCACGUGGGCUCUGGUAUUCUCUCGUCCACCACAUGGAGGGAGAACGCCGACUACCUUGCGGCCUGCGCGCGUCAGUACUUCCCUUCGGCCACGUCCCUUGAUCUGGGCGGAGGCCUUGGGAUUGUCGAGGUACCCGGCGAGCAGACGGCGCUCAACAUGCAGGAAGUGGACAAGCUGGUGAAGGAGUUCAAGCAGAAGAACCCCGAGUUCUCCCUCUGGCUCGAGCCCGGCCGCUUCCCCAUUGCCGAAGCUGUUGAUAACAGCGAAUCGAUUCCAGGCGUGCUCCUGUGCACCGUGACGCAGCUCAAGUCCAAGGGCAGCUACAACUACAUCGGCGUGGACACGGGCUUCAACUCCCUCAUCCGUCCGAUCCUCUACGCUGCACACCAUCAGAUCGUGAACCUGUCCCGCCUCCAUUCCACUCCGGGCGGGCCUUCCAUCACCGCUGAGAUCGUGGGCAACAUCUGCGAGUCGGGUGAUGUCUUUGGACACGCGCGCACGAUGCCGGCCGAUACCCAAGAGGGCGACAUCGUGCUCAUCGCCACUGCUGGUGCCUACGGCCAUUCGAUGGCCUCCAACUACAACCUCAGGGACCCCGCGACCGAGCACUUCCUCCCCAACUAG